CAUCUCUAUACACAGUGCUAUUAUUUUUGACAAUGCGUGCGCGUUUUAGUGUAUUACUAAUGUGUGUGCUGCGUCGUGCGCGUAAAUAGUUAAGUUUUCGAUAAAGUGAAUACAUGUAAUAUUCGAAAGAAUACUGGAAAUUCUAUGCGCAUCGACAUUGGCAGCUAGUCGCACUCAACGGCUAUAUAAACAGCAACACCAAUACACUCAAAGCGGAUACAAUUACAUACAUAUAUAGUUAAUAUCAAUUGGCUGCAGUUUGCAGCUGCAACAAAAAUCAUUCACAACAACGACAUAACUUUGACAAUAUGAUCAAUUUGGAUACAACAAACAAAAAUCAAUCGCCAAUAAUGCAACCGCUACAAUAUUUUCAGGACGAGGCACGACGACCCGAUGUUAUUAACGAUGCUGAAUUCAAAUCGAUACCUUUUAUCACAACCAACGAUUUCGAUUCGAUAGACAAUGCAAAUGGCACAAGCAAUCGAUCAUUUCUGUUUCUCGAUGCCGAUGAGAAUUUACAGAUUGCAACACCGGAAUUAUUUUGCAAGAAACUCAAAUGCCAGGAACUGGAUAAAAUCAAAGUGAUCUCAAUAUUUGGCAACACUGGCGAUGGCAAAUCGCAUACAAUGAAUCAGGUAUUUUUCGAUGGCGAUCCCGUAUUUCGCACAUCCACGGAGCAAAGCUCCUGCACAAUCGGCGUCUAUGCGGCCAUGCAACGGGAACAGGGUGUCCUCUGUCUGGACACCGAGGGAUUGCUGGGCACAACGGCCAAAAGUAACAAACGCAUGCGUAUGCUGCUUAAAAUACUCGCCAUUUCGGACAUUGUUGUUUAUCGCACACGGUCGGAGCGCUUGCACAGCGAUAUGUAUGAGUUUUUGGGCACCGCUUCGAAGGCAUUCUGCUUGCAUUUCACCCAAGCACUGCAGGCCAUGGGCAAUGGCAGCACCUUGGGUCCCGCUGUGAUCAUAUUCCAUGAGACGCACUACACCAAACCCCUCGAGAGCUCUGUUGAGGAAAGCGCCGAGGAUAAAUUGCGAAAUAGCUUUGCCCGAUUGAAUUAUGAAACAAACGCGUUCAGUUCGUUGCGUUAUGUGGGCAUUCAGACGGAUGCGAAAAAGGCGACGAAUUUUCAAAAGAUCAGCGAUGCACUGCGUCUGGAGAUUGAGAAUACGGCUGUGAGGUCGCCACGUCAACCGGCUGUUGUAUUUAAGGCAAUGAAAUUGUUGAAUCAGAAAUUUGCCGGCGAGAUCAUUGAGAAGGCAAUCAAUCCAUUUCCCGAGCAGUAUUUCACCUGUGGUGCCCACUGUGAAUCAUGCAGUCGUCGCUGUCAACGCUCCAUGGGCCACGUCAGCGAUGGUGAACCGCAUUUCAAUACACAACCCUGCAACUAUCAGCAUCAGUACGAGAAUAAAUUGUAUCUAUGCAAGGCAUGUUACAACAAUGGCAAAGAGAUUGUUGUCAGCAUUCGGGCGCAAUCACAAACGGAUACAGCCUGGUCGGGAUUGGCCAAAUAUGUGUGGAAGGGCGAUGUCAUUGAGUGUCCCUAUUGUGGUGAGAUCUAUCGAGCACGUCAAUAUUGGUAUGGCAACAAGUCACCCGAGUCAUCUGUGGUCCACGUGCAAGUGGUGCAUGUUUGGAAGGGCGGCAAUUCUGGACUACGUGCCAAUGCGCAUUCGGCCCAAAUGGUUCUGGACAGCGUCAACAGUCUGAGCGAGGCUUUUACCAACAUCUCAGGGCCCUGGGCCAAGGCCAUUAGCGACUUAUUGGCCGACAAAGUGGCGCCCAGCUAUUGGCGUCCCAAUCAGGAGAUAAUUUUGUGCCACGCCUGUAAGCGCAACUUUGAGAAGACUGGCAUGCCAAAGCAUCAUUGUCGUGGUUGUGGCGAGGGAUUCUGUCACACUUGUAGUCAGCACAAGUUGCCGGUUCCAGCACGUGGUUGGCUUCAACCGGUGCGUGUCUGCAACGAUUGCCAUCAGCAGUUGCAGCGCAAAUCGGAUGCAACGCCGGAACAAGCUGACUUAACUUAUUGCAAUUCAAAUCUGACUAUCGCAUGCACAGGAUCAAAGCCAACUAACGAUGAGGGCGACAUUCUGGUGCGAAAAUACGGAGAGACGAUCUACAACACGAUCAGCAGCGUUGCUGCCGUUGCCAUCGAUUAUCCGAAAGAGAUAAUCAAGGACAGCGCCAGACCAUCGUAUUGGGUGCCAGAUGCAGAGUCUCCUAGUUGUUUCAUUUGCAAAUCAGUGUUUGGCAGUGCCGAGGAAUUGGAACUGGGACAACAUGCGAGUAAACAAAGUGCAGGAAAGGUCAAGAGAAGUGAUAGUCGAAAUGGAGGAGGAGGAGGAGGAGGAGGAGCAGGAAGUGGAGCAACUGGCACUGGAGGAGGCACUAAUGGUAGCUUUGUAGCAGGCGAUUGUCGGCGUCAUCACUGCCGACGUUGCGGUCAGGCGGUGUGCAGUGAUUGCUCCAAGCGACGGAUGCCAGUUCCCGAACGUGGCUGGCAAACGGAUGUGCGUGUCUGUGAUUCCUGUGCCUGUGUGCCACAUGCCUCCAAUAAUUGCAGUCGCAGCAUUUCCAGUGCCAUUUCGGAUGCCAUCAAUGGCGAUGAUGAUGAUGACAAUUGUGCCACAAUGGAUGCGCAGCGUGCCACAAAUGAACGCAGAAGAAGCAGCAACAGUCAGAGCAGCAACUGCGAUUAUCGUAAUGGAAAUUGUAAUGCCAGCGAUGAUGCCAAGGCCAAGACCGAAUGAAACGCGGCUCAAAUGGGCAGCCAAAACAACAACAACAACGACAGCAACAACGACACUAGCAAUAAUCACAACAACAACACCAAAAAGUCGAACAACAUUAAUACAGUCACAAUCUGGACCAAAUGCCCAGGCAGGCAUUAGGGAGCAGAGCGAGAAAACUGCACAUGAUAUCCUCUCAUAUCCUGGCUGCCCACACAAAAUCCUACAAUGUGAUACUUUAUUCGCUUAUUUACUUUAAAGACUGUCAUAACUAAGAAAAAAAAACACACUUUGUGAAUUUAAUAAUGCAGAAAUAUUCAUUAUAUACUUUUCUAUAUUGUUUAAAAGUAUCAUACUCAAAAUCGUGUAAACUCUUCACAUUUGAAUAUCGCAAGAUUUCUUCAUUUUACUGCAAUUGAAAAACUUUUAACUCAUUUUCUGCAAUAUUGCCAUUUUUUUCUUAUUUAUGACAGUCUUAAAGUAAAUGCGCGAUUUGUUCUGAUAAAUCAUGUACUAUAUUAUACACAUGAAGCAGUGUUAUAUAUAUCUGUAUGUGUGCUUAUACAGUCAGUCCAAUAUUUAUGCGUACACCCACAUUUUACAUUUAAACGCUCAGCUUUUCAUAGUAAAGUUACAUAAAUUAUUGUAGUUAAUAAGAGCAACUUUUUUUUUGAAUAUAAUAAGAAACGAAAACGCAAAAAUUCGCACAAAAGUUUUUUUGUACACCUUACUUGAACAAUUUUUAAACAUCUAGUUUACCAUUUUUUAAUUUGUUUUGUUCUUAAAAUAUGUAUAAAAAAAACAUUAAUUCUUAAUCAUUCUGAAAGAUUUAAUUUUGUAUAUAAGUCUACCUGUACUCUACAAAAUAUAUGAAUGACAAAUAUUUAAAGUGUCAACUGUGCGAAUAAAUAUUGGGCUGAGUGUAUUUAUAUAUUAUUAUACUGUUUAUCGACUAUGCCUGUACAUACAUUAUAUAGUUAUAUAUUCAGCUGUAUUCAAAUCUUACCUGCAUCUCUUUAUAAAUAAUCUUGACUUA